AUGAGUAAUCAGGAUGUAAUAGUUUUAAAUGUAGGUGGGUUUAAAUUUACCACAAGGCUUUCUACACUGCAAAAAUUCCCUGAGUCAAGAUUGGCAAGAAUGUUGAAUGGCAAUGACCCUGAAUUUAAAUUGCUAAAUGGUCAAUAUUUUGUGGACCGUGAUGGAGUUCUGUUUGGCUACAUUUUGGAUAGCUUAAGAACGCUCCAGCUUGCCUUGCCUAGUGACUUCUCAGACUACAAGAGGUUGCAGAGAGAAGCUGACUUCUAUGAACUUUAUUCUGUGGCUGAUCUCCUACAUCAGGAAAAUUUGCUGAAACCAAAACCAGAGAUCUUAGAAAUACGAUUCUUGCUCCAGGAAAUGCAGGGUUUUUUCCGCAUAUUUGGUUCCUGCAGCAUUACUAUUGAUGAGCUGGCUGACCGGAUCACAACCUUUGCAGAAAAUUUUGUAGGAAUGAGCUGGAAAAGUCAUCAUGUCCCUUCUCAGAAGUCACUGUCUCCCCUUUCUUUGGAAAGACCUUCUCAUCAUGAUCUUGUCUUCCAGUGUGGCAUCAUCUAUAGCGAUCAAUCUGUUGCAAGAUACGUUUCUAUAAAACCUGAUAAGAGGAAGCUGUUUAAUGGAGCUAAUGUUCUUGGACUACUGAUUGAUAUCUUACUCAAAGAUGGAUUUCGUUUACUAAGUUCUAGGACCGUUUCAGCUGAGGAAAAAGUUGAAUGUUAUUGUUUUGAAAGAAUGAGAUCACCAGAGGUCUUUACCAUCAAUAUCCCACAAACCAAAAGAGCUACUACUAUGCAACCAUCAAAACAAAUCCAGAUGAACAGGUCCAAAUGA